AAGGAACAUGUAAGGGACACUUGGAACUGGAGGAGCUUGCUCCGCUUGAGACCUUUAGCAGCGAAAUUUCUCAAUUGUAAAGUUGGAAACGGAGCCUCCCUAAGUUUUUGGGGAGAUACUUGGACACCAUUUGGACCUCUCCUUGAUUUUUUGGGCAGCUCGGGCCCGAGAGACUUAAGAAUCCCGAUUUCAGCUACUGUGGCUGAUGCUUCCUCCGGAAAUUCUUGGCUGCUGGCGGCUCCCAGAUCAUCUCAAGCUGUGCAACUUUACGCUCACCUCUCUACCAUCUCCCUACCUCUUCCCUCAGGUUUGAACGAUUCCUUUGUAUGGGUUGUGGACAAUGUGACGUGUGCAGGUUUCUCCUCUUCUUUGACUUGGGAAGCUGUAAGAACUAGGGGGCUUACUGUGAGCUGGGCUGAUUCCAUAUGGUUUAAAGGAGCUACGCCAAAAAAUGCUUUCAACAUGUGGGUUUCCCAGCUAGAUAGGCUCCCAACAAGGUCAAGGCUUCUCUCUUGGGGUCUGCAAGUACCUGCUCAUUGUUGUCUUUGCUCAAGGGAUUCUGAAACGAGGCUCCAUCUUUUUCUAUCUUGUCCUUUCAGCCGUUGCAUCUGGGAAAAGGUUUUCGAAAGACUCAGGCUUCCACCUUUGUUGUUUCGGGACUGGGAACAUCUCAUCUCUUGGACUAUGUUAAGAAGCAGAUCAUCACCUCCUACUCUGAGAAAGCUAGCAGCCCAAGCAACUGUGUAUGCGAUAUGGAAACAGCGGAAUAACGUCCUCCAUAAUUCUCAGAUUAUCAACCCUUUGGUUAUCUUUAAACUUAUAGAUCGGGAGGUUCGUAAUUCUAUCACUGCCCGUCGGCAUAGAAAGAGUUUCAAGGCUCUAAUGUCCCGCUGGAUAAUGUGACUAGUGCUGCUGUAAAUCUUUGAUGUUCUUGUAUUAAUUUUCGUUUUGCUUCCUUGUUUUAUGUUUUUUGGCAAGGAACUAACUUCUGCU